AUGGCAAACCCAUUUAGAUCACAAGCUAGAUUCUGGGUUGAUUUUGUUGACAAGAAGGUCUAUGAAAAUGGAAGGAACCUUGUUUGGACCAAAAAUGAAGAAGAGAAAGAAGCUGCAAAGAAGGAAUUCAUAGAAGCCCUCAAACUGUUGGAGCAAGAGUUGGGAGACAAGACUUAUUUUGGAGGAGAGAAGCUUGGUUAUGUGGAUGUAGCACUUAUUCCAUUCUACACUUGGUUUAAAGGCUAUGAGACUUUUGGUAACAUCAAUAUAGAGAAGGAGUGUCCCAAGUUUAUUGGUUGGGCUAAGAGAUGUAUUGAAAUAGAGAGUGUUUCUAAGUCUAUUCCUGAUCAGGAUAAGGUCUACCAGUUCAUUGUGGAGGUCAGGAAGAAGAGGGGCAUCGAGUAG